UUUCCGGUCGCCAUAUUAUUUCAUCUCAUCACGCACGGCACGGCAUUCUCGGCGUUUGCUGAAAAACGUUGUGUGGUGUUAUGUGGUAUAAUAGUUUCUAAAGAACCAAUUCUUUGUAAUAAGUGAACAAUUGUGAUUGUUUUAUUUGUGUGAUUACUGAUAACUACAACUAAAUCAUCAUGAGCUACGGAAGGCCACCGCCGCGUAUCGACGGCAUGGUGUCGCUCAAAGUGGAUAAUCUCACAUACAGAACAACGCCAGAAGAUUUACGCAGGGUAUUCGAAAGAUGCGGAGACGUUGGCGAUAUUUAUAUCCCAAGAGAUCGCUAUACGAGAGAAAGCAGAGGAUUUGCUUUCGUAAGGUUCUAUGAUCGCCGAGAUGCAGAGGAAGCUCUGGAGUCUCUUGACGGGCGCAUGUUAGAUGGCAGGGAGCUCCGCGUACAAAUGGCCCGUUAUGGACGGCCUUCAUCUCCAUACAGAAGUCGUUACGACCGCAGGCGCAGCAAAUCCCGUGGUCGGUCCAGGUCCCGGUCGCGCUCGCGCCGCCGCUCGUACUCGCGCAGCCGCUCUCGCUCGCGCAGCCGCAGCCGCUCGGACUCCAAGAGCUCCCGGGGCCGCUCGCGCAGCCGCAGCCAUUCCCGCUCUCGCUCCAGGCAUUGAACAUCUGGGUUGAGAGAGUACCUGCUAGUAAGCUGAAGUGCUGUCACACAUGUCCGAGCAGCCUUCAGCCAAGGUACUAAUCUCACACUCACUAGCCAUCCCAGACCUAACUAUGAUAGCAUAGUGGCAAAGCAUACAAUGUAUCAAAUAGUAUUUUAAGUUGUCACUGUAAUUCACUAAGAUUUUUAUUGUAUCCUUAUUUUUUGUUUCCUUGAAAAUAUUUUGUAUUGAUGUGAAUGUCAGUUUGUACAAAUUCUUUGUGACUAGAGUCAAAAACAAUGAUUGCUUUGCAUUCUGAAUAUUUGUUUUAGUUUGAUUCUGCUGAUUUUUCAUUACUGUGCAGUGAAAAACUAAAGUUUUGUAGCAUGUUUUUAAGUAAUAAUUCCCUUUUUGAUUUAAUAUGUACUUUCAUGUGACUUACUUAGGUGUGAGGCCGUGUUGGUCCUUAGAUAUUAUUGCAGGUUAUAAUAACAUUCUCAAGAAGAUUCUACCCAAAGGAUUAUUAUGGGCUAAUUGGGCAAUGUAUUGGGACAUCCUUGAUUUGGUAAAUACUACAAACAAACCAAAUAGAAUCUACUCUUAUGAAAUUAAAAGUUAUUAACACCAUCAUGGUAUUAUAGAUUGUGUUUCUGAUGUUGUUUUCAGUCUAGACAUUGUAUGUCACAGUUCCAUCAAUGCCUACUUGUAAUUUGUGUUUUAGAUAAAACAUGAUACAAAAGUCUAUGAUUAUGUAUUGUAAUAAUAUUAAUUAAAAUGUUAAUGUGCUCAGGGCGUGUGGAGAGCGCGGGGAGCGAGGCGGUAUGCGGGGGGGGAGGGGGUUUGCUGAUGCUGACAACUGCUGAAUUGCUGUUGUUGCUGUUCAUAAGUUAUGAGUAAACUUUUAUAUUAAUUGACAAACCGAGACAUGCUUAAAGUAGGUUACAAAGGUACAAUUGCCAACAAAUUAAGUAUCCCAUGUAACUGGAUUCUUUUUUAAAUAAAAGUAAUAUAUUCGUUUGAAUGUAAUGAGGCCAAGUGCCAUUAAUUUGACAAAGACACACAGUAGGUGGCAGCAGAAGGAAGGCAGUUAACUAAUACCGACAUUUGUUUGGCAGGCCGGUGCUGCUCGCUGGCCUGUUUGCUGUGGCAGUUUCCUGUGCUGAUUCCUGUGCUUUGCAGAUUACGUCUAGGUUUGUCUGUAAGCAGUUUCACUCCCCGACCUCAGAAUCGACGCUAAAGUACACUUUCAGGGUAGUUUUAUUACGGAAAUAUUUUAGAUACCUACGUUUUGAAUAUAGAUUUGGCAGCAAACUGGAAAUUUACACGAAGAAUGAGUUUACAAGAACACCUGGCACUGGAUUAUGUGUAGGAUUUAUUCUUAAUAAAUAAAUAUGUGACAAAA